AUGAAUACGCAGCCACUCUACGCUCUCGCUCUCCCUUGCAACACCCACUCACUCCUCGCAGUGGGUAAGGUCCACGGUUCAUUGGCUCGUGCUGGUAAGGUCAGAUCUCAAGCACCAAAAGUUGAACCACAAGAGAAGAAGAAGACCCCUAAGGGCCGCGCUCACAAGCGUAUGCUCUACAACCGUCGCUUCGUCAACGUUACUCUCAUGCCAAACGGAAAGCGCAAAAUGAAUGCCAACCCAGAGAAGUAA